CACCCACUUUCAACCACAAAUCCAAGAGUGACCGAGAGAUUCUCACCAAACAAACAUUUUCUUCCUCACUUCCCUUUUCUCCUUCAAAAUUUCUGCGACUCUCACUUCUCUGAUCCUCUCUCUCUCUACUCUCUCUCCCUCCCCCCUCUGUAACGCCCCGCUUCUCUGAAUCCCUUUCUGUUAAUCAUCUGUCUUUCAGCGCGUGAUUUUUUGGGUUUGCCUCUAUUCUCUCACAGAACAAACUUCAAAGGAUUUCUCCAAAGCCAGGUGUUUUCAGAAUCGAGAUCCAGGUUUUUUCUUUCAGUUUUUUACUUCAGAAUCAUUCUUUUCUUUUCUCAGCCACGAGGGUUGUUUUUGAUCCCUCAAAGCUCUGUUUUUUUUCUUUCUUUUCUCUUCUGAAUUUUCUUCGGAUUAUAGGGGUUGUCUAUUAUAAACCUCUUCCAAGCUUUUUGAAUUUUCAAAAUUUGGAGUACUGGAAAGAAAAUUUUAUCCAAGAUUUGUGUGUAGUUGGUAAUUUUGUAUGGCAGCUACGAUGGAUUUGUACAACGGACAACCACAAGUUCAGUCGGAUCCAUUCAGAGGUGAGCUGAUGGAAGUUCUAGAACCUUUUAUGAAAAGUCCUUCCUCAACUCCCUCUUUAUCUUCAGAUUCAGCUUUACCUUCAACAUCGACUUCUACUUCAUAUUCCUACUCUCCUUCCCCUCUCUCACUCCCUCCACACCCUAAUUUCUACUCAGAUCCUUCCUCCUCCUACCUAUUCCAAACCCAGACCCUAAUAGGCUUUGAACAGCAACCCGGUUCUGUUAUCGGGCUCAACCACCUUAGCCCGUUUCAGGUUUCUCAGAUCCAGGCGCAGAUGCAGGCUCAGAGCCAGACCUCCCUCUCCCUCAACUUCCUGGGUCCGAAGCCCGUGGCAAUGAAGCAAGUGGGUGGACCUCCGAAGCCCACCAAGCUGUACCGCGGGGUGAGGCAGAGGCAUUGGGGAAAGUGGGUGGCGGAGAUCAGACUCCCCAAAAACCGAACCAGGCUCUGGCUCGGAACCUUCGACACUGCCGAGGAAGCCGCUUUGGCGUACGACAAAGCCGCGUACAGACUCCGAGGCGACUUCGCCAGGCUCAACUUCCCGAACCUGAAGGGCUCUUGCCUCGGCGAGUACAAGCCUCUGCAGUCCGCGGUGGACGCUAAGCUCGACGCCAUUUGUCAGAGCCUGGCCGAAAUGCCGAAGCAGGGGAAGACGGAGAAGGGUGCCAGGGCAUCAUCCAAGAAGUCAAAAGCAGCUCGGAAUCCGACCAAGGAUCCCAACCCGAACCUUGUUUGCAAGGCCGAGCCCGAACUUGAACCCGAAGCCGAACCUGUUCUGUCUCCUGAAAGUGAUGGUUCUGUGGAUUCUUCUCCGCUAUCAGAUCUCACCUUUGAUGUCAGCGAGCCGCAAUGGGAAGAUGCUUCUGCGUAUUUUAACUUGCAGAAAUUUCCUUCUUAUGAGAUCGAUUGGGAUUCUCUCUGAACACAUGUUUUUUAAAUGUUUUGUGGGUAAUGAUGAUAAUAAUAAUUUAGUUUAGUGGUAGGUGGUAGGGGCUACGCUGCAAUUUGAAUUUUUGAAGAUUGCAGUGUUGCAUAUCUAGGAUUUGGAUAAUUUGGUUUAUUUUAUUUUUAUUUUUUAUUUUGGUUUAUCGUUGGAACAUUGACUGUGAAGUCAAUAUGUUGUAAAUCUCUCUGCCUUGGCCAGCUAGUUUUUUUCUUGCUUGCCAGGGAGAAUGACUUAGGUUUUUGUCCAUGUUUUGGUGUUCGUCCUACUAUGUAAUUCAAUUCUAUUUGCAUCUCAAUUUAUAUU